AUGACCAAGCGCGGGUUGAAUUGUGGUGGCUGCGAGCGGCAUAAUACCGUGAACGAUGUGGUGCUGUGCAACAAGUGCAAGAAGUGGUUCCACUACGGAUGUGUCGGCGUCACUGCAGGAAUAAUGUCCCAGGCGUGGUGGUGCGAUUUAUGUGCGAUUCAGGUGGAUAAGAGCGAAGCGAAGGAGAAGCGUCAUCCUAAGACACCUAUGGAAGCAAUCGCGAAGACGAGGAAGCCUGCUGAAAGCUGCGAUGGCGAAAACAAGGCCAACAGAGCAGCAUCAUGCGAGGGCGAUGCCUCGGCGUACAGGCUAUCCAUAGGAGUGGGACUGUCGACUUUGCUGUUCCUGAAAGGCGAGUCGAGGUUAACGGUCGGCACACAACGCACCGAUCUGAUGGCACCACAACAAAUACGCAGUAUCGGCGAUCCUACGGCUGAGGGAAACCGAUUAAGUAUAGCGGUUUACGGUGUCCCGGAAACCGGCGAUGUCGAUCCGGGAAUGUCCGAUGUCGAACGCGUGACCCCCGAAGAGCUGAAGGAGAUCGCACCUCAAAUGGCUACACGGAAAGCGCCAGGAUUGGACGGGAUCCCCAAUGCUACGGUGAAGGUCGCGAUUGAAAAGUACUCGGGGGUAUUCUGCCGUGUGUACCAGGACUGCCUCGACACUGGUACGUUUUCGCAACAGUGGAAACGGCAGCACUUGGUGCUGUUGCCUAAGCCUAAGUAUUUACCUGGCCCGGGGAAAGCAGCUCCUACGGAACGGCUAAUACUCAAUCGCCUCAACAAACACCUCGAGGACCCGGAUUCACCGCUGCUCUCGGACGCGCAGUAUGGCUUUCGUCGCGGACGAAAUCAUCCAUCAUUAGUGCUAUUGGAAGUAGUGAAGUCAACCAGCUUGGUGUACGGUUAG